GCGCAUGUGCGUGAUGCGUGUGGGAAGCCGUACGUACGCGCGCGCGCGCGCGUGCGAGACCGUGACCGGGAGCUUGUCUCUUUUCGUUCCGAAACGGAAUAUCGGCUCUCUCGCGCUUCUCUCGCGUUUGAAAGCGAGACAAUAUAGCACGGAAUAUCGGGAGGGAAAGGCAAGGAGAUGACAUGAAGUUCACAGGCCACUGACGAUUUGGUACACCACUUGGAAAUCCAUUUGGACUCCAGCGCCUUGCUUUUUUAUUUGAUACCUCGGUUUCGAAUUACUUAAUUAAAUUUUUUAAAUUAUUCAACAUUAUAGAGGAGAUCUGUAUAUAAAUGAUACGCCAGAGAUAAAAAAAAUCGCAAUGGAUGUAGAAUUAUUAAAUAUUAAUUGAUAAAUAAUGAACGAAGAGAGAUUACUAAACACCGUAUUAUUAUUAUUUAAUAUUUCUUUUUGAUGUGCUAUUUAAAAAUCUGCACUGUUGUGUAUAUAAACAUUCUGUAUGGGUGUAUGUAUUUGUGUGAGUUAAAUAGCCAUGGCGCGCGCAUCGGCGGAUCGGCCUGUAUUUAUUUGGUGCGAUUCUAACCUCGCAGGAUCAGCGCAGGAUAGCAUGACGAAAAAUGAUAUGAGACGAGAGAUAGCUUGUCGUUGAAUGUUUAAAAAUUUAUUUAAUCAAAAUGUCGAAAAGAAACAGCGAUUAUGUGGUUACGGAGCACCGCGAUUUACAGGCUAACACCAUGGCAGUGGACGCGACUGGUAAUUAUGUUCUCCUGGCCGGACGCAGAUACUUAGCAGUGAAGCAUCUGGAUGAGGAUGUAAAUACGGUGAAGAAGUUUCCACGACAAAGCAAAUAUGAGGUUGGCUCUGCCGAAUGGAAUCCAUGCGAUUUGAAUUGCCACUUGUGUGCGAUUUCGAGCAACACACGAAUCGAAAUAUUGAGUUUCAAUGAAAUGGGAGGGUACGAAUUGCAAACUAUGCAGAGCCUGAAAGCACACACGCGAGUGGUCAGCGAUCUAAACUGGCAUCCCAAAGAGCCAGAUAUUAUUGCCUCUUGCAGCAUCGAUACAUUUAUACAUAUUUGGGACAUACGAGAUUCAAGAAAACCAUGCAUGUCUUUGUCUGCAGUUGCGGGUUCAUCCCAAGUACGUUGGAACCCUCUGUCGUCACAUACUUUGGCCACAGCACACGAUGGAGAUGUCAAGAUAUGGGAUCAGCGGAAGGCAACAAGUCCUGUGCAAUAUAUAACAGCUCAUUUGACAAAAAUACAUGGUUUAGAUUGGUGUCCCUUUCAACAAAAUCAAUUAGCAACAUCGAGUCAAGACUGCACUGUCAAAAUCUUUGACAUUGUCAAUCCACGCAGAGCUGAGAAUAUCUUGACGACGAAUUCUCCUGUGUGGAGAGCGAGAUACACGCCCUUUGGAGAGGGUUUAGUGACAAUAGUGGUGCCGCAAUUACGACGUGGAGAAAACAGUCUUCUACUAUGGAACACAUCGAAUCUCAGUACGCCGAUAUAUACGUUCGUGGGCCAUACAGAUGUUGUGCUAGAAUUUCAAUGGCGGCAUCAGAAACUAGAAAAUAGCGAAUUUGAACUUGUGACGUGGUCUAAGGAUCAGUGUUUGAGAAUAUUUAAAAUCAGUCCUUUUAUAAAGAAAUUAUGUAGCAAUGGUAUGGAUGACGGCCUGUCAGUCUACAGUCAGUAUUCUGAAGAGAGUAAUCUAAGAACUCUGCAAUCUGUUCAAGAACUGCAGCUGAACCCUUCUCAGAGCGAACCUGAGAUUAAUUACAUUACGACCAAAGUGGACGAGCCUGUGCUACAGUCUGAAACGACUAAUAUUCCAGACAAUUCCAAAAAAAUCUCAUCCCCUACGCAGCCAAAGAGUUUGCAGCAAGAGUUUUCCCUGAUAAAUAUGAACAUACCAAAUAUAGAGGUGAACGCGAUGGACGUCGUGGAGAGAAGCUGUAUGAUAACUGCGUGUACAAAAAAUUAUAAUGUGAUAUUAAAAGUAAAUUUUCCUGUGAAUUAUCCGUGCAGCGCUCAACCAACGUUCCAGUUUUGUUCCGGUACGACGAUCGACAACGUGAUGAUGACUAAGCUACUGAAGGUUCUUGUGCAAACCGCUCAGCAUCGCGUCAAAAAGAACAGAUCGUGCUUAGAGCCAUGUCUCCGGCAGCUAAAUAUAACUUUAGAGCAAAUGUGCAAGAAGGACGAGGAUGAAAACAAUCAUUUAGUGUAUCACAUGCAGGAUAAUAGCAACUUUUUAAGCUCUCCCAAUAUCUGUGCGAACUAUCAGGACUCCUAUAUACCGUUUCCUAGAACGUCUGGCGCCAAAUUUUGUUGCGUAGGUAUUCUUGUUUGUUUCGGACGACCUUCUUACACGAGAAGAUCAUCGAUGAAACCGGGAGAUGCGACGCCCAGAGCAUUGUCUGCCUUGGACAAUAGCAUCGGUAAUGGCGAACCUUUUAUGCAUAUGUAUCGAAGUUCCUACGUGCCAACUAAUGAUAACAUGUCUAUCAGCUCAUACUAUUUUCAAGAUCGUCAGAAGGAUCUCCGACGUGGAUUGCACAGUACGGGUAGAAUGCACGAUCGAUCAUAUUUUAAGAAUUGUCACCCGAUGGUUAUGAUAUACGACGUUUCAUUAUUAUUUUUCGUCAAUAAGGAGCUCGCCGAGAAGUAUACAAUCAACACCGCUGACAUUCAGGCCAUGUAUAAGCACAAUGCAAAUGUGACUGCUGCACUAGAAAGGCCUGACUUAAUUCAGACUUGGUGUUUAGCUGGUUUAAUAAUUUCGCAGCCACCGUCUAAUACUGAGCAGAACUCGUGCCAGACGGGCCAUUCUCCCGACAUCAAUCCUCCAUGGCCUUUACAUCCCUGGGGCCAAAAUUUAAUUCAUUUUUUAAUACAGCAUUAUGCUAAGCAGUCUGACGUUCAGAUGGCUGGUAUGCUGAGCUGUGCACUUAGUUAUCGAUCCGAGAACACGGAUACUUCGCAAACCAGGCUAACUAGCAAAUCCGUAAAUGACAGUAGGCUUUCCAUAGGAAAAUGGUGGUUAAAGCCUGGCGGUUCGCCUUAUCACACUAUACAUCUGGCAGAUACCACGUUAGAAGGUUGGAAUUUUCAGAAUCUGAAACAACACAGAUCAAAUUCGUGGUCAGAGUCAUUGGAUGAUUUAAAAAUCAUUCAAGACACUUUUGGAGACUCGGCAAAAAACAUUAAGUUGUUUGACGAAAAGUACACGGCGUUGUAUGACGGUUAUAAGAAGGCGUAUGCCGAGGUGUUACAUAGGUGGGAGCUGUUGGAAGCUCGCGCGCAGGUAUUGAAACAUCUGAGCGCGUCCUCGUUCGAUGUGCAAAAAGACGUCGAAUUGCAGAACGAGUGCCGGAUCUGUGGCAAGAUCAGUCCAGGUCCGCAGUGCGCUAACUGCAAAGGGUUGAGCUUCCAAUGUAUUGUCUGCCACGUUACAGUUAGAGGUGCGAGUAACUCUUGCAUGUUUUGCGGUCAUGGGGGACACAUUGAACAUUUAGCGGCAUGGUUCGCCAAAGAGGUAGUAUGUCCUACAGGCUGCGGCUGUCAUUGCUUGCAGGAAAAUUCAGUGCUAUUUAAAAUAUAGGUAAUGUAGACGAAAUUUAUAUUUAAUCUUAAAAUAAUGGUCUGUGAUAGUUAUUGUUACAAAAAAAGAAUAAAUUUCUUUCUAUUCUAUGUACUAUCAAUAGUUUUAUCCGACUGCGUGAAAAAAUAAUUGCUCA